UGAAAAAUAGUCUUCAAACAAUGAGCUCUUUCGAUAGCUUCGUUCUUCUACUUGUUUUGGCAUUAGCCACAGUUCACCCAUAUUUGGUUGCAGCUGAUCAGGUGGGCUUGCCUCCGGAAUUCACAAGUUGGCAUGUCUACGUUGUUAACGGAUUGAGCAAUAACAGGACAUUGUUCCUCCAUUGCAAGUCUAAAGACGAUGAUCUAGGCAUCCAGAAUCUCUCUCCCGGUACAAGUUUCACUUGGAGUUUUCGACAAAAUUUAUUUGGGAGAACGCUUUUCUGGUGCUACAUGAGCAAGGACGGCAAUGCCCACGCCGCGUUCAAGGUGUUCUGGCAGGAUGCGCUUCUCUUUCACAAGUGUUUAUGGAAGAAUUGCAUUUGGACUGCUAAGGAUGAUGGCAUAUACAUAAAAGAUCUUGCCAGAGAUUCUGAUGAGUAUCGUGGGCAAUGGCAACCAGGAUUACUCCAAGAUUGAAUUCCAUUAUCUACCUACCAAGCUAGCUUUGGAUUUUUCUUUUGUUAUUGCUGAUCUCUUAUAUCCCUCAAGUCAAAUGUCUUUCGUCAUCUUCUUUUUUAAUUUAAUUUAUG